AAGAAUAAGUUCGUUUCGAGAAAGCUUUUCCCGAUAUGUUGAAGACUUCGCACGGGAAAAUAUUUUUUAAAUCCGGCAAAGAAAGUGACAACAAAAGCACAAAUAUAUGCAGAUAACUUCAAAAGUAACCAACUCUAGAUACGACCCAGACUGCUGCCAACAUGCAUUUACAGGAUUAUCUGAGAAACGACGAAAAUGCGUCUGCGCCAGACGAUGGAAAUCAAAAUAAUACCUGUCGGCCUUCCUCCAAUCAGGAGCAGUUCAUAAGCCUCAACCGCAAUUGUCAGAAGGAUCUGCUGAGACUCCAUCCACCGCCGCCCUCAAAACCGCCGCCGCUCGCGGGUGCUGUCCUGCAAUCCCGCCUGCUGCAACACAUAAACACGGGCACGGAUGCAGUGGCCACAGAUGCUUUAGAAGUGCACCGUAGGGGAGCAAAUGCGCUUCAGCGGUCGGCCACUUUGCCAGCGAAAAACAACCGCAUAGGGGUUCGCAGCCGAGUGACUUUUAAAGUCCCACCGUCCGCCUCUCCUGCUCCUGCUCCUGACCGUGAUCCUGAUCCAAUCCUAGCACAGGUUGCUGCCGGCGAAAAAGCUAGAACCGUGAUAGCUCCCAAGGAGAAGGAAUCUAGCAAAAUGACAUCUGAAGACUUGUUGCAACCGGGCCAUGUUGUAAAAGAGCGUUGGAAGGUGGUGCGUAAAAUCGGUGGCGGCGGCUUCGGAGAGAUUUACGAGGGACAAGACCUGAUUACACGGGAACAGGUCGCACUCAAAGUAGAGUCCGCCCGCCAACCCAAGCAGGUGCUUAAAAUGGAAGUGGCCGUUUUGAAGAAGCUGCAGGGGAAGGAGCACGUGUGUCGGUUCAUCGGAUGCGGGCGAAAUGACCGCUUUAACUAUGUGGUGAUGCAGCUCCAAGGAAAGAAUUUAGCUGAGCUUCGUCGCGCUCAGCCGCGUGGCGCAUUUUCGCUUAGUACAACACUUAGGUUAGGCUUACAAAUUCUCAAGGCCAUUGAAUCCAUACAUUCUGUGGGCUUUCUUCAUCGUGAUAUCAAACCGAGCAACUUUUCCGUGGGUCGUUUGCCUUAUAACUGUCGACGCGUCUACAUGCUGGACUUUGGAUUGGCGCGUCAGUAUACCACUGGCACUGGCGAAGUGCGGUGUCCAAGAGCUGCAGCUGGUUUUCGCGGCACUGUUCGCUAUGCUUCUAUUAAUGCACAUCGCAAUAGGGAAAUGGGACGUCAUGACGAUCUGUGGUCGCUUUUCUAUAUGCUCGUUGAGUUUGUAAAUGGGCAGCUGCCGUGGCGGAAAAUAAAAGACAAGGAACAAGUGGGACUGACAAAGGAGAAAUACGACCACAGAAUACUGUUGAAGCACUUGCCGUCGGAUUUAAAGCAAUUUCUAGAGCAUAUUCAAUCUCUUACCUAUGCAGACCGACCGGACUACGCGAUGCUUAUCGGUUUAUUCGAGCGGUGUAUGAAGAGACGAGGCGUCAAGGAAUCUGAUCCAUAUGACUGGGAAAAAGUAGACUCCGCGGCGAUUGGCAACAUAAGUACAACAACAGGCCACCCAUCAGUUCCCGUAAAGAACGAUUACAUGCACGGGAAUAUAACACAAAUGACUGUGGCAGCAUCCAACGCAAGCGGCACAGAAUACGUGCGAAAGCGGGCUGAUAUCGAAACCGCUCAUAUAACAGCGACCGAACCAUUAAACAUGAAGGAGAAGGUCGAUAGAAACUGCAACGCAACCUCGCUAGCCCCGCAAACAAAGGGAUCUGGCGAAGCCUCCGUUCCACACGGCAAUACGACAAAUAAUCAAAACAUUGCACCCAAAGGAUUCGUUCAACAGCAGUCUGCGUUAGCCACAAACUCACAAGUGGCAUUACCCAAUAUUCAAAGUGCAACAAUCAACUCGCCAAUGGGUGCUAUAGGCAGCAAUGAUGCACAGGUAAUAGUACCACAGUCAGCGGUUCAUACAAAGAACACCCAGCCCCAAAACGGCGCUGGAUCGUUUUCUACAACAAAUCAAAACAACUCUGCUCCGGUGUACGGAAAUUCGUAUCCACAAUUGGAAGACAAAGCACCUACGAAGUUUUUGCCAGCCAAACCAAAUACAGAGUGCGAGAGUAUAGUCGACGGAGUCGCCAAGAGUAUAUUUGACCAGAAAAACGGCGAUGCCUUGCAAAUGAAAAAACUUAGUUCACCAGAGUUCGCCAGUAGUCAAAAUCAAACGCCAACGGCAGCGACAGCCGAGAAGAGCUCUGAAGUCAAGCGUUCAUCGGAAGACCAAAAGUCCACUUUUGGGCGUCUUCGUGUGCUCACAGCCCCGCCAACAAGUGUGCAUGAUCUGACUGCGUCUGGGGGUCACAGCCAGCAGGGGCCUGAGUUGUUAACAAAACAACAGACAACUGCACAGUUUCCAACCACCACCAAGGCUGGAUCCGUUGCCGGAAACAGCUCGUCCUCAAAGUUUGUCAUCAGUCAGCAUGGUCAGAUCUUUGGAAUGGCUGUGAUGCCGCCAGUUAACCGCCGAUCGGCAACAUCAACCAAUUUGCGGCCAUCUUCCUCUGGAGCAAACACCAGUUCAAUUCAGAGGAUCAACAGCGGAUCGACCGCUGGAGGAUGUUUUGGCACUGGAAGCAACACCGCCAGGAGCAGCGCUGCUGGGGAUCAUUCUGUUACCCAAUUUGCUUUGAUAGACGAUGAAAACGUCUCAGCACUACAACAGGUAACCAAGGGCGGAGCCCUCACGCUGGCGUCCCAAUGGAAGAGCCAGUUCGAUGACUCGGAGGACACUACUGAUAACGAGUGGAACAGAGAGCCGCAGUCGCAACCCAAUUUGGAGCAACUGAUUAAACUGGAUCUUUCAUUGCCCCUAAAUGAAGCCAAACCAUUUUCAAAACAUGUUGCUGAAACCCCAAAUCUCCCAACCAAAGGAAAAGAGAAACCGAAAAGGUACACACUUAACAUAACUGGAAUCGAAAACUAUGAAGCAUUGAGAAUCUCCAUACCGCACUGCUGGUCUGAGCCUGCAAUGGGUAAUGUAUUACGUAAAAACUUGGAACCGCCGGCUGUGCAACAAGCCGCAUUUGAUGACACAGUAUAUCGCAUGGAUAUAGCGAGAAAUGUGUGCGUGCGAGAAGCUUAUUCGGAAAUCACUCCUUUGGCCAAAGUUAAGCCUACCACUUCCUCAGUUUCCAGGAAUGUCCUACCUUCCCCUUUUAAAGAGGACACAGCAUUUCAGUUAAACACAUCAAUCGAUGAUCGAACCAAGUCAAAACAUCGAAGCAGCCUUCCCAAUGUUUCAGUUGCCGAUAUUUUUGACGAUCAGCCGAUGCAGUCGAAAUCCGACGCUUUGCUGGUAGAAGACGCAAUUAAGCCCUGGCACGUACAGACAACGGCUUGUCAAAGAAGUAAUUUCGCUUUAAACGCAGCCACCCAGGAAAACAACGGUUGUAUUAGUGGGCGUCUGGAAAUUCGGGUUAUUCCAAAAGAAACCUCUCAUCUGGACGACUCUGUUUACUAUGAUGCACUGGCAGCUGUUAAAAAUACUUCAACCACAAAUCAAGCCCACGACCUUUCUGACAAAGCCCUUAUUUACUGUGAUGAAAUAAAAGAAAAAGAUGCACUAAUAGCUUCCCCAACGAAUACAAUCAAUAAUUUUACGACACCAACCCACACGACCGAACCGCCUAUCGAAGCUAAUUUCUGCAGCGUACAUUCUGUUGGUGUCAAUAAACUGAAGUUGAAUGGAAAUAGUGAAACAUCCAACGCUAUAAAUGAUCAAGCAAAUAUCAAUGCAGGUGACUCCAAAGCUCCUUUGGCAGGAGACUGCACUGACUGCACUGGUUACAGGGAAACUGAGUCAGGAUGCGACCUUCCACUAUUAAAUCCUAGCAAAAUACCAGUGCGCCAAUCAAAAUGUGCAUCAUGGGCGGGUGCUGAUACUACAAUAAAUACAUCUAAAACAUUUGAGUCCACAAAAGCCCCACUGGAAAUCCUUAACAAUCCACAUAUUGACACGCCAAAUUCCGUAAAGGAUAUUACACCUGUUCGCAACACAUACUCCAUUGCUUUAGAAUAUCCUCCUAAUAUAACGGAUCUUACACCAGGUUUACGUCGUCGAAGAGAAUCUACUGAAGGAAAAUAUGUGACUGACCCAACGCAAUUGCAAUUAAAAUUCCAAAGACCUCGAUCACGAACUUCAAGCAGGACCCGUGGCAUUCCCAAUACAAUGCUAGGACAUUUUGAUGACAACGGUACUCCUAUGACUAGACACAUUGGGGCCCAAUUUGUUCAAAACGCAGAAUCAAAUAAUAUACCAACGAGUGAAUAUUCUGCUGAGCCACAACCUAAAUGCAACAUUUCGCCACCACCGGGGGAUCCAAAAACUGAAAAUAGUGCUCGGCUUCGUCGUUAUAGGCAUAACUUAGAAUAAUCAAACAACUUCAGGUUUACAGCAAACUAAUUUGCGAUCCAGAACAGUGAAUCUUGGUGGCUUAAGUCUAAAACUGUCUCAACGUAUACUUAUGUUUUUAAUGUAGCUAUUUGACAAACAAAAGAAUCGUCAUGAACAUCUUAGAAUUUUUUAAAUGUAAACCCAUUUGUAUACUUUUGUAGAGGGUAUAAUAGUUUCAGUCAAGAGUUUACAACGCAGUGAAGGAAACCUUUCCUACCCAAUAAAGUAUAUAAGUAUCACCAGGAGUCAAUCUAGCCAUGCCCGUCUGUCAGUCCGUCCGUUUUUACGCAAUAUUGUCCCUCAGUUUAAGAGCUAUCUGCAUUAAACUUUCCCAAAAAUUGUAUUUUUUUAUGUAUCGGAUCGGUCCUCCAACAAGAACAAUCCGAAAAAUAAUGACAAAAAAAUAUAACUUAGCUAAUUUCGAUUUUUUGUUUUAAUUCUUUAGGUUUAAAAUUGUAGAAUUCCAAUUUAAUUUUUUUAAAUCGUACGUUUCACAAUUGUUACUUUUUGUUAUUCAAAAAAGGAAAUGCUGAUUUUAUGUUCGUUUGAAAAUAAUAUAUUAGCAUGUUUUGAUUUAUUUAUUAUAAUAUAAACAAAAAAGUAAAUGGUCUGAAUGUAUUAUAGUUUACGAACAAACGAAAAAUACAGGUAUUUUGGGAAAAAUUUAAAUUGAUAGACUCAAUGGAGUUUUGUACUUUAAGGUCUGUUUUCGCGACUUCAUUUUGUGCUUUUGAUGAGUUAGGCCUUAAGAAAAGUUUGCCAUUACACUUUAGUUCAAUCAGGUCUGGUGUUUGAGUUUUUUAAAUGUAAAAACUUUUACUUCCUGAAAGUUCAUAAGUUCCAUUUCUAUACAAUUAUCAAAGCAGGGGGCUCAAAACUUCCUUAUGGCAGUGUAUUUACCAACACAUGUAAAAAGAUCACGAAGUGAAGAGCCGAUGAAAAGACAAAAACAAAUUACAUUCGAUUCAGCCAUCCAAAAGAGAAAUUGUUGCUGCCUUGCAUCGGUUUUAUCAGUAGCGAAUUGACCGCAAGGAAGAAUCGAAAAAGUGUGAGUGAAUUGCAAAAUGUGCCCAGCAAGCCUACAUAAUGUGCCGGGCCCCUGUGCGUGUGCAUUAAGAAUAACAAUUGUGCUCAAUGUGCAUAGGCGUGAGCACUCCUGAAUCAACGCUUUACAUAAAAUGGGCAAAUAGGUUUCUAAAUUAUGGGAAGCUUACUAACAUUUUGCAAGUAUUCUUAACGUAGACAGUCAUGCUUCACUUUUCCUUUGGUCCCAAAAGUGGGUGGCUUUUGCAGGGCCAAUAUUUGCCAGCUCUGGUAUUUUUAUACCCUU